UGUGGUAAGUGUGUGUGGUGUGUAUAGGUGUGGUGUGCGUGUAGGUGUGUGUGGUGUGUGUGUAGGUGUGGUGUGCGUGGUGUGUGUGAAGGCUGUAACGGUACGGCACGGUACUCGCCACUUAGACCAUCAACUACUGCUUCUGUAUCAGCAACAUCUCACGAACACCAUCCCCCCCUCCACCAACCACGCCACCGCCAUCCACACCACCACCCACGCUUCGGGUGGGAGUGUGCGAUGGAGGGGGAGUCGCCACGCAUGUUCAGGGUGCGAAUCCCGUCAGACGCUCAGAGAUUCGGCGUGGUGGCCGUCAGCCUGUGCCAGCUCGUAACGAAGGCAGCGAUAAAGCUGAAGCUCGCAGAGAGAAGCGUUGGGCCUCUGCGUGUCUGCCUGGAGGAGGAUGGGACAGAGGUGGUGGAUGAGGAGUAUUUUUCUGUGCUUGACAGGAAUACCUGCCUGGUCAUUUUAAAACGUAAUGAGCGUUGGACAGGAGUGGGUGUGCAUGCCGUGUCUCAUGCAAUGGUUCAUUUUGAAAGAUGCACACGCGACGUGCUUGAAAUUUUUCGGAAAGAUCCUAAUGGAAAGUACAGAAAUAUCUUAAAGAAUUUUCUGAAUUCCAUUGAAGACUGCUCGGAAAGGGAAUCUCGGCAAGAUGACCCGAAGUGGUUUGAAGGUGUGGAUAACCGCUUCAAGCAUAAGCGGGAAGAGAUGCGCUACCGCUGCAAAACGCGGAUGCGGGGUUACUUAAGCGACGCAGUCGCGUAUAAAAAGAAAGUUCCACUGGAGCACCAGAAGAGAUACGAGGAACUGCUUCAGCUGUUAAGGAAUGAGUUGAAGACGGAAUGCUUCAAUGAGGAUUACUUUGAUAGGUCUGCUGCUGUGGUAGUCCGUUUGUGUGACAACAAUGGACAAUUCUCUUGCCAGGGUGCAUAUAAUAAACAGGACUGUCAAUAUCAGCACAAGAUAAACCCAUACGCCAACUGGGAGAGCAGAAUACAAUUCAGCGUCUGGAACCUAGACCACCGGAUUGAGAAGUCCCGUGAGGUGCUGCCAAGCUUGAAGACUGCAUUGGAAAAGUCAAACGGUCGACAGAUCAACUGGAGAUAUUUUUAUGGGCUUUUAUUCACUCGGGAAAACCUUAAACUAGUAGACAUUGUGUGUCACGACAAGACAUGCCACAAACUCAAAUGCAAAAAACUUAAAUUUUACAUGCAGUAAAAUUAUCUCAUUUUGAGUCACGUGGGAGAAGGGUGGGGUGAGUUUUUUAGGAAGUGUGCGAAUUUAAAGGGUACAAAAGAGAAAUGACGGAGAAAAAUUCGUGUGGACCUUAUCUAGGAUUUUAUACAGUGCUUUUGUGAAUGCGCUUUACAAAAAUGGCUAAUGGGGAAAAGGAAUGGGGUUUGAGUGUUGGGGAGGGGAAGAGAUGGCAAGGAAGGGCGAUGAUAGGGAAAGGGAGGGGCGAAGUUCGGAGAGAGAAGGCUGGUUAAGGUUUUAAGGACGAGGAUAGGAAGUAGUAAUACGCUAUUGAAAAAAGACGAGUCUUAAGGGAGGAACGAAAAACGUGACUGAGCACAGGUAGGAAGGGCGUAGUGAGGGACCAUAGAGAUUGUGAACACAGGGACCUCAUCAGAAAUAAGAGAAGCGAGAUAGGGUGGGGCAGAACCAUGAAGCGAUUUUUAAACAAGGGUGAGGAAUUUGAAUUAACAGCGGCAGUAGACGGGAAGCCAAUGGAGUGUGGCAAGGAGAGCAGAGGAAUGGGUGUGAUGUGGAAGAUUAAAUAUUAUCCGGGCCGAGGCGUUUUGAAUUUGCCGGCGAGGAGCAAAGGCGUAGGCAGUAAGACCAAGAAGAAGGGAAUUAAAGUAGUCGAGACGAGAAAAGAUGAGGGAAUGGAUGAGUGUGUUGGCAGCGGAAAUUGAGAUUAAGGGGGCGAAUGUGAAGAGGUAAAAGCGGCAUGGUUACGGUGGAGAUAUGUUUGGUUAAGGAGAGAGAGGAAUCAAAGCUGACCCCAAGGUUUCGAGAUUUGCCAGGUGGACAAUCGGCAGCGCAAGCAACGAUCGAGCAUGAUGUUGUCGAGCGCCGAUGUCUUAUUUGGCAGCCGUGCGAUGAACAUCGACACCUCUGUCACUGACGUUGGCGCCAGGGUCUCGAGUUUUGCAUUGGUUCCAUGUUGAUCAAACUCAGAUGGCAGACCGGGAGUAUGCCUUGCGUUCAAGUUAAAAACCGCCGUCUUGAUUGUCACUGUUUUAUUGGCGAAGAAUGUUGCAAGUGUGGUGCCGUGAAUUCACUCGGACGACAACCGCCUUUCUUCCACGUCACUUUUAUUUCCAUCGUUCCGCACACACAGCGAUUCUCCUCUUCGCCCUCCGCCAACUCGGACACUCUGAUUCACCUCAGCACCGUCCGCUCAUCCUCUUCCACACACAGUGGUUCUCUCUCUAUGUCCUCACACACAGUGUCUCCGCUAUCUCUUCACACGCAG